GUGUCUUUUUCGGCCAAUCACAGCACCGCUGACCUAAUCGUUGUCUCAGCCAGAACCACUAUCCGCUAGCUAGUUUAGCAUCAGCUUGGAUCGAGAAGCUAACUUAAUAUCUGUGUACUCUCCUUGGUUAUGUAUUUCGCUUGAAUUUACUGAAGUUAGCAGUCUUCCAAGUGACUCCACUGAAGAUGCAGUUCAUGCUGUUAUUCAGCCGGCAGGGAAAGCUGCGGUUACAGAAAUGGUACGUGCCACUGUCUGACAAGGAGAGGAAGAAGAUCUCCAGAGACCUGGUCCAGACCAUACUGGCCAGGAAGCCCAAGAUGUGUAGCUUCUUGGAGUGGAGGGACCUCAAGAUUGUGUACAAGAGAUAUGCAAGUCUGUAUUUCUGCUGUGCAGUCGAGGAUCAGGAUAAUGAGCUGAUCACCCUGGAGAUCAUCCAUAGAUACGUGGAGCUGCUUGACAAAUAUUUUGGCAGUGUGUGCGAGUUGGAUAUUAUCUUCAACUUUGAGAAGGCCUACUUUAUUCUGGAUGAGUUCCUGCUGGGCGGAGAGGCCCAGGAGACGUCCAAGAAGAACGUGCUGAAAGCCAUCGAGCAAGCUGAUCUGCUGCAAGAGGAGGCCGAGGCACCACGGAGCGUUUUAGAAGAAAUUGGGCUGACAUAAAUCAUCAUGCCGCUGCCUCGCAGAUCUGGAAACCUCCAUGUCUCUAUCCCGUCUCCUCAUGUUCACUGUCAGUGUUGUAUGCAUAUAAUCACCAUCUAUCUAUGUGCUGUAUUACUGUUCUGUACUGUCCAGUAAUGUCUUUAAAUGUGGUGCCAACUGUGGUUUUAAUGUCUCCUAUGUACUAUCUUCUCACUUUGUUCUGCAGUACUUUCAUACUUUACACCCCUAACUUACAGUACAAUGUAGCGACCACAUAAAGACUCCAGCAUCAUAAUAACAUCAUCUAUCAUCAGCGAUAGCAAAGGGUUGUGUACUGUUUUACGUAUUACCAUCACGUUGGAGUCCCAAAGCUAAUCAUCCGAAUUCAUGAAAAAUAAAUACUGGGCAAUCUGUGAAAA